GUAUAAAUAUGUUUGGAGCUGAAGAUUUCAUAGCACCACCUCCUCUUGGACCAGAAUUAGCAAGUAGAAAAUGGAAAGUUCGCAUCAUAGAUGGUGAUGCAAGAACUACAGAGGAACGAAUUUCUGGAAAAGAAGUGUGGAGCAUGCUAAACCGACAGGUUAUGGUUAAUGUCAAUAGAAAAGGGCAGGCUAUCAAGGAUUCUGGAGGCUCACUAAGUAAUGAUUUUAAUCUACUACUGAUCAAUUACACAGAUUGGAGGAAAGUUUCUAAUUACAGGAAAGAGAUGGCUUGGAAAAUAAUUCAGAACAAAUUCUGGUUUGAUGACCCAACAAGGAGGAAGAAAUAUGUUCUAUAUACUCUAGGAUGUAGAUAUAGAGACUUGAAGCAACGUCUUUGGGAUGCUCAUAGACGAAACACGAUACAAGAAGCAUUUGAAGCGCGACUGGGUCUAGUUCCAGAAGAUAAAUGGAGAGAGUUUGCAAAAAAAAUGAGAGAGCGUAGUAUUAAGAGUCGAAGCAAACAUAAGAUGCCACAUGCCGUUGGUAAAAAGAGUUUAGCCAGAAAGGCUCAUGAGAUGACAUGCAUAGAACCAAGUCGAAGUGAGCUUUUCAUUACAUCACGUACUAGAUCAGAUGGAAGUUUUGUUUGUAACGAAGCAAGAAUCUCUGUGGCGAACGCAAGAAAUGAGAACACAAAGCUUAAGAUAAAUCUUCAUCAAUCAUCUAGUAUCAACAGUGAUCAGAUAACA